UGCUCGUUUUUCUGCGCGUCGGUUCUAGUGAACAGUUUUACUAAAUUUGUGAUUUAAAUUAAGUAUUUAAGUGCAAAAUGUGAUUUAUUAAGUGUUUAUAGUGUAUUUAAGUUGUAAUUACAAUUAAUACAACUCAUUAUUUGCUAUCUAUAAAGUGCAAGCAUAUUAAAUAAAAAGUUUUGUGGCCCAUGCGCCGCCAGCAGUGUUUGCCAAUAUAGCGACGCGUGGGCAAAGAAAAAGGCUUUCGCGCACCAUGUGAAAAAAGGCUACCAUAUUUGUGCGUGCCUAUAAAAGUGUGUUAAUACAUAUUUGUGUACAAUCUAUGGUCUUUGGCAAACGUCGCAACUCAAAACUAAAAAAAACCCAACGCACAUAGUGAAAAAUGUAUGGGAAAUUUGGUUUAGCAAAAAAUGCGAAAUGGAGUAAGCCCGCAGAUGGCGGACUCCACCACUUCGAUACCAACGUCUAAAGAGAAGUCAACUUCAGUAUUUACGCUGAAUGAUUUCAAUUCACGCACAAAUCUAACCGAAAAGGCGCAGCUUAGCGGUGAUUACCUGCCUUCGGAACACCGUGAUCAAGUUAAGGGUCAAUCGACUGGUGGUGCGCUAGCACACAUGCUUAAAAGUUCAUUAGGUACCGGCAUUUUGGCAAUGCCAAUGGCCUUCUCCAAUGGUGGCUUGUUGUUCGGCAUGGUUGCAACGCUAAUUGUGGGCUUCCUCUGUACGCAUUGUGUGAAAAUUUUGGUCGAAACGUCACAAGAUGUUUGCAAAGAACUCAGGGUACCUGCGCUAACAUUUGCUGAAACGGCGGAAAAAGUUUUUGAAAUUGGUCCGAAACGUCUGCGUUCCUGGUCGAAUUUUGCAAAACAAUUCGUUGAUGGCGGUCUUAUGGCCACCUACUUUGCGGCAGCUUGUGUUUAUAUAGUGUUUAUUGGAACUUCAUUUCACGAUGUCAUCAAUUAUGACACUGGCUUGGAAUGGAAUAAACGCAUUUACAUUGCAUUGACUUUGAUACCCUGUUUAUUUAUUGGACAGAUAAGAACCCUUAAAUUGCUGGUGCCGUUCUCUGCAAUGGCAAAUGUUUUCAUUGUAGUCACUUUUGGCAUUGUGUUAUAUUACCUAUUCAAUGAGCCAUUGGUAUUCUCAGAUAAACCGCUAAUUGCGCAAGCCACAAAGAUACCACUCUAUUUUGCCACUGUAAUUUUCGCAAUGGAAGGCAUUGGUGCAGUUAUGCCUGUCGAGAAUUCAAUGAAGAAACCACAACAGUUUCUUGGAUGUCCUGGUGUGCUUAAUACAGCUAUGAUCGUCGUAGUUUCAUUGUAUGCGACUAUUGGUUUCUUAGGUUAUGUGCGUUAUGGUGAUAAAGUGGAGGGCAGUAUUACAUUAAAUUUAAAGGAGGGUGAAGCGUUGGCCGAUACUGCGAAGAUACUGAUGGCUAUUGCCAUACUUUUCACAUAUGGACUGCAAUUCUACAUUCCCAAUGAAAUUUUGUGGCGAAAAAUUAGUCACAAAUUUAAUGAAAAAAAUCACAAUAUGGCACAGAUACUUUUACGCACCGGCAUUAUAUUGAUUAGUGGUGGUGUUUCCAUUGCCAUACCUGAGCUAGGACCAUUUAUCAGUCUUGUGGGUGCCAUUUUCUUCUCGCUGCUCGGCAUUUUCGUACCUAGUGUUUGUGAAACAAUAUAUUUGUGGCCCGAUCGCUUGGGUUGGUGCAAAUGGAAGAUGUACAAGAAUAUAUUCCUAGGUGUUUUUUCGAUAUGUGCUCUGAUUGCCGGAUCUGUAGCGAGUAUUAAGGAAAUCAUUGAAAUGUAUCAAUAGAAAUAUUUAAACAUAACUAUGUAUAUACAUACAUACAUAUGUACAUUAUUAUGUAAUAGUAUACGUUAAAUGUAAGUUUUAAAGUAGCUAGCAUAUUUUGAUUAUGUAAAACUAAAGCCAGUGCUGAGGUGCAGUUUUAAGUAGAAAAUCAAAAUACGUUUAC